UUGUGUUGAUUUCACUUGCCAAUAAUUUUUAUCUCAACAUUUUUGUUUGGUUUUGUUUGAAUAAUAUUUUGUCUGGCUCAAUCAAAUUAACGCUUUGUUUUAUCUGUGUCUGUAUUUGAGUAUCGAUAAACGAGCCAUGGGGGAUUACGACUGGGACUCGCAUAAUCGUCGUCAAGUAUUGGAAGGCCGCCAGAUACUAGAACGUACGUCGGCCAGUUUAGCUCGUUCCAAUCAGAUUGCAAUUGAAACCGAGCAAACAGGUCAUGAAGUAAUCUCAGAACUGGAAGUACAACGAGAGUCAUUGCUGCGUAGCCAACGACGUUUAGAAAAUGCCAAUGAUGGUUUAUCAAAAUCAAGGGCUAUACUUCGAUCCAUGCAAAGGAAUGUGCUCUACAACAAGGUGAUCUUGAUAUUAAUCAUUAUCAUGGAGGUCGUCAUACUUGGCGGAUUAUUAUUUUUAAAAUUUUUCCAUUAAAUUAAGUGAUUAAAAUUUCUUUUUACUACGCUGUUUAUUCACCAAAGCUGUUAGAUUAUAUUUAUGUUAAGGCGAUAAUGAUGAUUAUAAAUAAAAAUCGUAUCGUAUUCAUAUUUACUUGAAAAACAAACACGUUUAAAAACUCGACGAAAAAUUCAGUUCUGCACUAAUUCAUUUCUAUGCGACUUUUCUUCGAUAAUCACUUUUUAUGCGAAUUUCUGAAUCUAUUCGGUUUUCUGGGGUUAUGCGGAUUUUUUUCCAGAAUUCGUUCGUUGAGGUCGCAAAAUACUUUUAGGUAACAACAAUGUUAACUUGAAUUUUCUCGGAGAUGGCUAGAACGAUUUCCAUAAAUAAAAAAAAAUAUUUGGUUCCCAUUGUA